AUGGCAGCCCCCUCUCCUUGGCCUCCCAUUGGCUCCCUGUUGCCAUGGGCUACAGAGUCUGUCUCCCCGGACUCUCCUACAGAAGCAUGUGCGUCAAAGCUUAUGGACACCGUUGAGCUGCUUACAGGAGGGGGUCCCAGGCGCUGUUUUGUUUUGGACGAUGAAGGCAGCACCCUACGGCAGCAGAAACUCGAGAGGCAGAGGGCUUUGCUGGAGCAGAAACAAAAGAAGAAGCGCCAGGAGCCUCUGAUGGUACAGUCCAACCCAGACAGCCGCACGAGAACACGCCGUGCGCGGCAAUCUGAGGAGCAGGCCCCACUGGUGGAGUCCUACCUGAACAGCAACAGUAGCACCAGCUACAACGUACAGGAAGCUGAACAAGAUGACGGGAAGUUGGGCAAGGACCCCUCGAUGCCCAGAUCAGCCAAGAGGAGCCCCGCAGCAGGGGCAGCAGCAGCAGGCGGUCAGGGUGGUAUCUCUAAAAAGGAGAAGAAGGGGAAACCCAAAGGGAGUGAUGGGUUUUUCUCGGAUGAUGAGCCAGACCCGAACGUGCAGAUCCUGACAGUGGGUCGGUCUGGCUCCAGUAAGAGCCUGGCAGAGGCAGCAGCUUCCGGAGGGCAGCAUUCAUCCAAGCAGGACCUCCGUACCACAAUGCAAACGAAGGGCAUCUCCAGCAGCAUGAACUUUGACGAAGAAGAGGAGGAAGAGGAUGAAGAAGAUGAUGAAGAGGACAGCUCCAGCUCUUCUCAGUUAAACACCAAUGCCCGGCCAGGCUCCGCCACCAGCAAGAAGUCGAAUAAGGAGAUGGCCUCGGCCCCCAGCCCCUCAGCCCAGGCACCGCUCAUCGAGGUGGAGGACCUGGAGGAGUUUGCGCUCCGGCCAGCCCCACAGGGCAUCACCAUCAAGUGCCGCAUCACGCGGGACAAGAAGGGGAUGGACCGAGGAAUGUACCCCACCUACUAUCUGCACAUGGAACGGGAGGACGGGAAAAAGGUAUUCCUCCUCGCUGGAAGGAAGAGGAAGAAGAGUAAAACAUCUAAUUACCUCAUCUCUGUAGACCCGACAGACUUAUCCCGAGGAGGAGAGAGCUUUGUGGGGAAACUCCGGUCAAACCUCAUGGGAACGAAGUUCACCGUGUAUAACAAUGGAGUCAACCCAAUGAAGACAUCAUCAUCAAAUUUGGAAGGUGCAAAUAUAAGGCAGGAGCUGGCUGCCAUUUGCUAUGAGACUAAUGUCUUGGGAUUUAAGGGCCCUCGGAAAAUGAGCGUGAUCAUCCCUGGCAUGAGCAUGGUGCACGAGAGGGUCUCCAUCCGGCCUCGAAAUGAGCAGGAGACGUUGCUGGCUCGGUGGCUAAGCAAGAGUACGGACACCGUCAUUGAGCUACACAACAAGACGCCGGUGUGGAAUGAUGACACCCAGUCCUAUGUGCUCAACUUCCACGGGCGUGUCACGCAGGCCUCCGUCAAGAAUUUCCAGAUCAUCCAUGCAAAUGACCCUGACUACAUCGUGAUGCAGUUUGGCCGGGUGGCAGAGGACGUGUUCACCAUGGAUUACAACUACCCGAUGUGCGUCCUGCAGGCGUUUGCCAUCGCGCUCUCCAGCUUCGACAGCAAGCUGGCCUGUGAGUAA